AUGACUCGUGUAACAAACUUUGGAAGGAAACGGACUCAUCUACAGGCAGGGUUCACCACGGAUGAUACGCCUACCACGACUCAGAUUGAUGAACCUUCGACAUCAAAUGGAGCUAUGAACAAUUCCAACUCAAAUGACGCAAAUGAGACCUUGUCAGCGGCGAACGCGGACUGUGCUGCUCCUCCACCAAAGAAGAAACGAAAGCGUACACCGAAAUCCAAGCGUGACGGCUAUGCUGCACAGCGAGCCGCGGAGGCUGCGUUAGCGCGAGGUGAAGAGCCUCCUGCACCGGAACCUGAAACGGCUGUUGGAUCGAAUGAAUCAAAACCCUACGAGGAACUGAGCAAGAGCGGGAAGAAGAAGAGAAGGAUACAGGAUAAGAAACGCAAAAUUCUGAAUGCAACAGAAACUCGUCGACUCAAAAGAAUUGAUGAAAAGCUAAAAAAUACCAUUUGUUUUGCAUGUCGCGAAAACGGGCACGCUGCAAAGGAUUGCCCAAAAAAUCCAGAAGGUGGUAACAAAGAAAAGGGAGUUGGAAUUUGUUAUAGGUGUGGUUCCACGAAACAUAGUCUUUCCAAAUGCCGGAAACCUUCCAAUCCCGAAGAUCCUUUCCCAUAUGCAUUGUGUUUUGUCUGCAAUGGGAAGGGCCAUCUCGCAUCUUCAUGCCCCCAAAAUAAAACUAAGGGUGUUUAUCCAAAUGGAGGCUGUUGCAAGCUGUGUGGCGAGACCUCGCACCUGGCAAAAGAUUGUGGCGUUAGAGAGAAAAUAACAGAUGCUACAACCGUCUUUGGGACAGGCAGAGAAGUAGGAGCUGACGAAGAUGACUUCCACUCUUUCAAACGGAAGGCACUCGAAAUUGACCGGGAAGAAAAACAGGAAAAUAAGUUGAAACAACAGCUGGAGAUCAAGGCGGGUGUGCAUUCAGAUGUUGUCAAGGCAUACGGAGCGGCGCCUGUGCGUCCGAAGAAAGUUGUUGUGUUUAAAUAG